ACGUCACAUGACUAAAUAAAAAAGCGCUUACAUAAUAGAUAAUAGCAUAGUACACAAUAACACGAGUGUUUCAUGAACACGAGAACACGAUUUGCGAGUCAAGUUUUAAUGCAUCUUUACAGUUUUAAUAAUUUGACAGGUAAAAGACAAAUAACAAUAUAGGGCAGUUUUAUCUUAAUACGUGUUUAUGCAAUUUAAUUGUUAAAUGUCAAAAUUAGGUUAAUAUAAAAACAUCAUAAACACCAACAUUUGUAUCACCAACAGCUUUUCUAACUAACACACGGUGACGUUUGCAGGCCGCCUGAUGAAGGGGCAAUAACCCUGAAACCGGUAGCACAACAAAAAAAGUAGCAGAGAGGAAGGCGUUUUGAUACAUAACCUCAAAAUUUAUUAUUUAAUGCUUUGUUUAUUAUGUUUCAUAAAUUAAAAUCAUACCCAGACAAGAAAAAUUCCAAAUUAUUAAUUUUUUGUUCAAAAUUACUGUCUUUGGUUUACUUGUUGUUGCUGAUUCAAAAAAAUAUUUCUUAAACUAACAGUUACGCUCUUCCAAAUUUCAGUCCGGUUUUUUGCUUAUCUUAUCUCAGCGUACUUCAUCUUUAUCAAUAUUUGUAAUAAUUUUUAUCACUGUAGUAAAUAUAACCCCACACCGCAGAUCAGCUCUCAUUCAGUGCCUAUAACUUUCUGUCGUAAAUUAACAAUAUUUUCCAAAUCCAAGAUGUUUUUGACCGACUACUUCUUAACCGACCUUCUUGCCCUUCUCCUGGUCUUAAUUACCAUUUUCAUCACCUACUUCAAAUGGAGUUUUACCUACUGGAAACAACUAAACGUCCCUUACGUGAAACCCACGAUUCCAAUGGGAAACAUAAUAGCUCCAUCAAAGCAAAGAGAAAAUUUUGGAGUCGUCUUGAAGCACAUAUAUGACGAACUGAAAGGACAAAAAGCCCGUCAUGGUGGCAUAUACGUCUUUUCUAGACCCGUAUACGUCGUGAUCGACUUGGAAUAUGUGAAGAACGUGCUAACAAAAGAUUUUAAAUAUUUCAACGACCGUGGAGUGUACUAUAACGAGAAGGCCGAUCCCAUCAGUGCCCAUCUUUUUAAUGUUAGUGGCGACAAAUGGAAACAUUUGAGAACUAAACUUACUCCGACUUUCACUUCCGGGAAAAUGAAGAUGAUGUUCCAGACUCUUCUAGACUGCCGGAAGAAUCUGCACGAGAAAAUCGAAGAGUUGCAUGAACGCAAGCAACCUCUAGAUGUGAAGAAACUUCUUGGUUGUUACACUAUGGACGUUAUUGGAUCGUGUGCUUUCGGUAUAGAAUGCAAUAGUUUUAAAGACGAUUCGACGUCGUUUCGAGAGUAUGGUUUGAAGGUCUUUAAUAUGUCAAUGUGGGAGAAUUUCGUUUUUGGGUUAUCUACGACUUACCCUAAACUGGCGAGAGCGUUUAAUAUAAGAGCUGUGUCUAAAACUGUGUCGGAUUUUUUUAGCACCGUUGUGAAAGAUAACGUGGAAUACAGGAAAAUCAAUAAUUAUUCCAGAAAAGAUUUCAUGCAGUUACUGAUUGAAAUGAAAGGUGAAGGAACACAUGAUGGCACAACUUUGACUCUUGAAGAAAUUAUAGCACAAAGUUUUGUUUUCUUUUUGGCCGGGUUUGAGACGUCUUCAAGUACAACGUCUUGGGCAAUGUACGAACUUGCCAAAAACCAAGACAUUCAAGACAAACUAAGAGACGAAAUUAACAAAGUUCUAGCUAGGCAUGACGGAAAACUCACUUACGAAGGCAUUCAAGAAAUGAAAUACAUGAGCCAAGUACUUGACGAAACUCUUCGGAAGUAUCCCCCUGGAGCUAUACUCAGCAGAGAUUGCACCCAAGACUACAAGGUACCCGAUCAAGAUAUUGUUUUAAAGAAAGGUACCCGGGUUUUUAUCCCUGUUUUGGGCAUACAUUACGACGAAGAAUAUUAUCCUGAUCCGGAAAAAUUCGACCCUGAAAGAUUUAAUGAAGAAAACUCGAGGUCCAGACACCAGUACGCACAUAUACCUUUUGGGGAAGGUCCUAGAAUUUGUAUAGGUUUACGAUUUGGGCUCAUGCAGUCAAAAGUAGGUCUCGCUUCGUUACUGACGAAGUACAAGUUCACCUUGAACGACAAAACUGGACGCCGGCCAAAAUUUGCACCGGAUUCCUUCGUUUUAGCUCCAGACGAAAAAAUAUGGUUAAAUACAGAAACUAUAAUGUUUCUGGGCAAUUCACUCUUAACCGACCUCGUUGGCUUUUUCCUGGCCUUCUUUACCAUCUUCAUCACCUACUACAAAUGGAGCUUCAACUACUGGAAAAAACUAAACGUCCCAUUCGUGAAACCCAGGAUUCCUCUAGGAAACAUAAUUGCCCCAUUAAAGAAAAGAGAACAAUUCGCAGUAGUGCUGAAACACAUAUACCAUGAACUCAAACGCAAAAAAGCUCGCCAUGGUGGUGUAUACAUUUUUUCUAGCCCCGUCUAUAUGGUGAUCGACUUGGAAUAUGUGAAGAACAUACUAACAAAAGACUUUCAAUAUUUCAAUGAUCGUGGAUUUUAUUAUAAUGAAAAGGAUGAUCCCAUCAGUGCCCACCUCUUCAGUCUUAAUGGAGAAAAGUGGAAAAAUGUGAGAGCUAAACUUACUCCGACUUUCACUUCUGGAAAAAUGAAAAUGAUGUUUCAAACUCUUCUAGAUUGCGAACAAAAUCUUCACGAGAAAAUUGAAGAAUUGCAUAGACACAAACAGCCUUUAGAUAUGAAGAGACUUCUUGGUUGUUACACUAUGGACGUUAUUGGGUCUUGUGCUUUCGGUAUUGAGUGUAAUAGUUUUAAAGACGGUCCUGCGUCUUUUCGAGAAUAUGGUCUAAAAUUCUUUAAAAUGUCAAAAUGGGAAAGCUUUGUCUUUGGGUUAUCUAUAACUUUCCCAAAAUUGGCUAGAUCGCUAAGAAUAAGAGCUGUAUCUAAAAGUGUGUCAGAUUUCUUUAGCAAAGUUGUGAAAAAUAACAUGGAAUAUCGGGCACGCAAUAAUUAUUCCAGAAAAGAUUUCAUGCAAUUAUUGAUUGAAAUGAAAGGUUUGACUCUUGAAGAAAUUACAGCACAGAGUUUUGUUUUCUUUUUGGCUGGUUUUGAAACUUCUUCAAGCACAAUGGCUUGGGCAAUGUACGAACUUGCCAAAAAUCCAGACAUUCAGCAGAAACUCAGAGAUGAAAUCAACGCUGUUGUUGCUAGGUAUGGUGGAAAGCUCACUUAUGACGGCAUUCAAGAAAUGAAGUACAUGGGCCAAGUUGUUGAUGAAACCCUUCGCAAGUACCCUCCCGGCGGUGUGCUCAGCAGAACUUGCAUCCAAGAUUACAAGGUGCCCGACCAAGACAUUAUAAUAAAAAAAGGUACCCGGGUUUUGGUUCCCGUUUUAGGCAUACAUUACGAUGAAGAAUAUUAUCCUGAUCCUGACAAAUUCGAUCCUGAAAGGUUUAGUGAAAGGAACUCAAGGUCUAGACCCCACUACGCACAUAUACCAUUUGGAGAAGGUCCCAGAAUUUGUAUAGGUUUACGGUUUGGGCUCAUGCAAUCAAAAGUAGGUCUUGCUUCGUUGCUGAUGAAAUACAAGUUUGCCUUAAAUAAUAAGACUAAACGGUGUCCGAAGUUUGCGGUUGACUCUUUUGUUUUGACUCCAAAUGAAGAAAUAUGGUUAAAUGCAGUAAAAACAUAGGAGUAACUAAGAAUAGAAUGAUUUUUGCUGAAUAAAUUGAUUUAAAAAUUUCCUUUUUC